AUCAAAUCACUAGAUUGUAUACCUAUGUGUUGUAUUAUAUAUUAAUAAGAGCAAUGCCAACCUUCCCGUUGGACUUACACAUGCUGUAGACUUUUAGCCAGUCUCGCGACCUAUUCCACAGAUCCAAGGAAAGCAUCCGCCCAUCAUGGCUGAGAAUGUUGUCGGUCUCAAUGUUCAAAAAGUCGUCGAACCAGACGCAGACCCAGUCCCGGGUAUUCGCGAUGUAGAAAGACAUCAUGUACAGGACAAAGCCGUGAACAAGUCCCCCGACUCUCCCCGCGUCGAGUCGCUGCCCGAAUCGCUUGAAGAAGCUGGUCCCGUUAUCGAUUACGAGGCCUAUCCGCCUCCGACCGAAGAGGAACGGAGGACGUUGCGUAAAGUCAACGAUUCUAUUCCUCUCGCUGCCUGGUCUCUUUGUUUUGUGGAACUGGCCGAACGAGCUUCUUACUAUGGUGUCAAAGCUGUUUUUAACAACUAUAUGCAGUUUCCUCUCCCGGCUGGCGGCCCCGGAACUGGUGCUAUUGAUAAAUCAAAGCCCAACUCCCAUGCUGGUGCCCUCAACCUUGGCAUUCAAACAGCUUCUGCUCUGGGUCUCCUAUUCACCUUUCUGGCAUAUAUCAUUCCUAUCUUUGGUGCGUGGCUUGCAGAUGUAAAAAUUGGCCGUUAUAAAGCUAUAAUCUGGGGUGUCCUUGUGGGAGGUGUUGCCCACGUAAUUAUGGUCGGAGGUGCUGCUCCAGCUUUACUUCAGGCUGGAAAAGGCGUGGCUCCUUUCCUUGUUUCUUUCUUAUUGCUUGCCAUCGGGGCUGGCAUUUUUAAACCAAAUGUUGCGCCGACAGUUAUUGACCAGUACUCGUAUCAAAAAGAGUAUACGAAGGUACUCGGAACCGGAGAGAAAGUGCUUGUGGACCCCGAGACGACGGUCAGCCAUAUUAUGCUUAUCUUCUAUGCCUUUGUCAACGUGGGUGCAUUUUUUAGCAUCGCCGUGGUCUAUGUCGAAAAAUUUCACAGCUUCUGGCUUGCUUUCCUCCUCCCAGGCAUCAUAUAUUUCCUACUACCGAUCCUGCUCGCCGUCAUGUAUAAGCGGACGGUCAAGAAGCCACCUCAGGGUUCCGAUCUAGCCCGUUUCGUGAAGAUCACUGUUUCAACUUUGAAGAGGAGCAAAGGAAACGUCUUCUCGAAAAGGUUCUGGUAUAACGUGAAGCCUUCCGUGCUAGCAGAGCAGAACAUACAUGUCACCUACUCUGAGAAGGACGUGGCCGAUAGCGAACGGACAUGGACGGCCGUACGGAUAUUCUGCUACAUUCCCAUUUGGAACCUUAACAACGGCGGCGUCGGAAGUACGUUAUCUUCGCAAGGUGCCGCAAUGCAAUCUGAAGGUGCGCCUAAUGACCUACUCGGGCACUUUAAUCCUUUGGUGAUUCUUGUUUUUUCGCCUUUUAUGGCGCAGAUCGUAUAUCCGGCCUUAGAGCGUAGAAAGAUCAAAGUUGGCCGUAUCAGUCGGAUGACAAUUGGCUUUGUUCUAGCCACCAUUUCCGGAAUAUUUGGAGCCAUCGUGCAGUUAUACGUCUAUAGAACGUCACCUUGUGGCUAUUAUGCUACCGACUGCGAUGAGGUGUCUCCAAUCUCAAUUUGGUGGCAGAUCCCGAACGUUUCCCUGGGUGCUAUGUCCGAAAUCUUUGUUAAUGUUACAUCGUACGAGCUCGCGUACGCCCGUGCCCCGGAACAUAUGAGGGCUACGGUCGUUGCCCUCUUCUUAUUCAUGACUGCUCUGAGCAGUGCCUUGGGUGAAAUUUUAAUUCCCGCAAUUACAGAUCCAACCCUUGUUUGGGCCUGGGCUGCUCCGGCAAUAGCACUUGCUGUUCAAACCGUUAUCUUCUGGUGGCAACAUCGCGACGUUAACGACGAAGCUUUCAUGAUACACGAGGAGGAGUUCCAGCAGUUGGCCGGCGAAACCAAAAAUUCUGAGAAGGGAGAGAAGUAAGCUGACUUAGAGGCAUUGAAAUGAAACCUUGGUUGAAGCUGGUAAAUUAGGUACUUAUACGCAACAUGUUCUACCACAAACGUUAAGAUAGGUUAAGCUGAAUACUAAUACAUAACACUGUUGAUUGAGGUUCAAAGUUCGAGCUAUGUAUAGAUAGUAUAAUAGGAGGUAGGUAAGGCUGUAUACCCCAUCAAAGGGGAUUGAAG